GGCUCAGGGGCCGUCAGGCUGUGCAGUGCUCCGCGGUGCCGCGAUGAUCAUGCAUGCCGCUGCCGGGAUGCCGGAACCUGGUCGUGGUGCUCCUCGCGAUGCUCCUUCUCCUUCUGGUCGCCGCCUCGCCGAAGGCGCGCGCUGCUCCGGCGGCGGCGUCGUCGCGCGGCGUCGACGCCAGCGCCGAAGAUUCCGACGACAACGCGAGCAGCGACAGCUCGCAGGAGACGACGGUGCGCCGGCUGCGACACGGACGGGCGCGUGCCGCCGCGAUCGCUGCUAGUGCGGACGCCGAUGAACUGGGCGAAGGCUCCUCCUCGUCCGAGGAGCAGGACAGUGGUGGUGGUGGAGGGAUGGUGGCCGACGACCCGAGCGACGCCAACGAGGCCGUCAAGCACCCGCGCGGCACGAGCCGCUACCUGCAGCUCUACUGCCGCACCGGAUACAACCUGGUCAUCCACGCCAACGGGAAGGUCAACGGGACCAGGGAGGACCGGAACCGAUACGCCGUCCUGGAGAUGAACGCAGUGGCGGUGAAGCUGUACAGUAUUCGCGGAGUCGCCAGCAAACGCUACCUCUGCAUGAACCGCAAGGGACAGCUCUCUGGACAGAAGCGCCGCUCGGAGAAGUGCAUCUUCCAGCUGACCGAGCUGCCCAACUCGUACACCACCUUCUCGUCGAUGCGCUAUUCGCGCGGCACCCGCUGGCGGUGGUACCUGUCCAUCGGCAAGAACGGACACGUCAAGAGGGGUCGCCGGCCGCGACAGAAGGGCACAAACUUCCUGCCCAGGAGCGUCAAGGACUUCAAGCCCUGAGUCCCGCAGACGAGCAGCCGCGGGUCGUCAUCCUGCGUUAUUGCGUAAUACAGAGCAGCCCAGCAGUCGUCGUUCUCUCCCAAGACUUCCGAGGCCUUCCCGCCAACGGCGCGACGGUCGGCAUGGCUUGUUGCCUCGUGCCGCGUGACACACAACACCGCCGGUGACAGCACCAGAGUGAAAAGCCGGCCCCAUCGGACUAAUUCUGCUGCACUGCCGUUGCUUACGUCUUCGAGAUCGAGAACGACAUAUUUCGACAUUGCGUGCCGUCUAAUAGGUUCCAGCGGCCGGCAGGAUCGCCGCCGAAUGACCUUCCAGCAGUGGUAGCCGUGACCUGCCCGCUCGCACUUGGCUGACGCGUCUUCCUGCACUGUCUGUGCGUUCCACGGCGGUGCUUUCUCCAAUGUCACUGCCUUGUCCCGCGCAUGUUGUUCAACGCGAGUUCUUCAUUUUGCUAGCACAAGAACUACAGUCGUGCGUUUCACACUUCACUGCUUUGUUCUCUCGCUGUGCGCUUACUGGCGCACGAUAAUAUCGUUGACGAACGCAGAAACGAAUGCACUGCUGCAGCUCUUGUUCUAGUACGAAGCAAAAAACGCAGUGGGAGGCGCUCCAUAUGAUCAAGUGGCUCCUAGAAACUUUAUGGUCCUACGAAGCUGCUCGGUUCGUAUAUGCCGAAUGCGUGUGGUUUUGGUUUAUUGGUGUCCUCCGGAAUUGCUAUGAACGAAAUCCUGUGUAGUGUCCUGCACCGAAUCAUAACAGCGAAAACUGACAGCCCACUUUAUCUGUUAUUACGUUGUGGGUCUGUGUUCGAUUGGCAGAAGGCAACGAAUGUUCGCAAUGUCGUCGAAAUUCUAUCAGUACGGACAAGGUCAUGUCCCUAGUUUGGAGCAUAGAAGUACUUUUGGCUUCUAGACGUUCACAUCCGAAAAGCAUGUGAACGGCCUGCAUUUAUUUAGUUGGGAGCAUAUGCCUGUGUAACUUGUUUUGCUCUCUAGAUAAAGUAAAAAAAAAUUCUGCAAUGAACGACACUCUGUUGGCGGGCGCUAAGUGCUUGUUUGCACUUGGACGAGUGCGGGCGCUAUAUACUGGGACAUCCAUGCUAUUCGGCUUGCUGGAUUCAACGCACUGCUGAUGUCUGGACUGUAUGUACCCAUCUACGACGCCUGGAGACCAUCGCAAAGUGGAGUGGACCGUGUAUGCUUGUGGAACGAACUAAGGCUGUGUUAUCUCGAGUUGCUAUAGCAUCACGUAUGUGCAUGUUGUUGUGUUUUUUUUCCUUUUUUAUCUUUAUGUGAAGCACGCAAAGCUGUUCGCAGUCAUGAAAGAGGACGUUGGUGACCCCACAAGGGUAGUAUUGUUACUCGAGGAGUUGUGACAACGUGCCGGUGCAAUGUGCACCACUGAAGUGUGCGCUUUGUGAUGUUUACGCUAGCUUCGCAACACUGACUACGCGAAGAUCUACAUUUUUUCCAAAAAAGAAGGAGUGCUUUGAUAUGGCGUCAGGCGAGCCGGGUGGUGUGCCAUUCAUAACGUCAAUGCUUUCUCAUAACGGCGACGCAAUGAGAGGACAGUUCGCUUAUUUUGUCCUCAUACGUGAUGCCGCACAAACAAGAGGGCGCGCCGAGUAGAUCGGUAUUAGAGUCCCUUUACACGAGAGCCAUAUGCAGGAACAUUAUUCGGUAUCAUGCCUGAGUGCAUGCCGUGGUCUACCACGGGUUUCGCUUCGUCGUCCGUGAACACUCCCUCGUUCCUCUAUACGGUACCACUUAAUGUGGUCGUCUCGCUGCAGGCACCAAUAUACUGAGCCACUGCUAGCCAUGUUUUCUACUGCCAUAGCUAGAAAUAGAAGUUUGAGCACUGUAAUUUCUUUUUUUUUAUUGUAUAUACAGGUUGCGAGGCAUGCCUUAUGACGAAUGAAGAAGUGGCGUCUAAAAUGGGUUUUGUUGCUGUUCAGAUUCCGCCUUUUUUUUUUAUGUGUGUGUGCGCGUAUCAGGUACAUGUUCGAACGUUUCUCGCAUUUCUGCCCCUUUCGACGUUCCUGUGCGUAGUAAGGUGCAGGAGCGCUGGCGCUAGCAAGAGUUCAAAAGAUCUGAAAGACGAAAAGCACGCGACUGUUUAUAUACAACGCGGGGCAUCAACACUCCGAGCCUCGCUCUCCUCUGUUACUUUUUUUUCUCUUUUAUCUCUUUCUUUUUCUCAACUAAGCAAGCGAAAGACCUUCCUCUUAUAUGCGCUGUGUAAAUGUUCUGAGAGCUGUAGUAAAGUUCCAACAUGUACUGUUUACUAACUGAAAGUUUAAAACAACUACGUUGUUAGGUGCUCACUUGAUAUCCUUCGUAAAUUAAGAUCUUACUUAAUCCUCGUUAUCUGUUAUUUUCCAAUUGAGCAGAGGUUCCCCAGUCGGAAAUUAAUAUACGUGGUCCAGUACGACGGGACAGUUUUCGCGAAAAAUAUUUAUUUAUCAGCUCUGGUACACUGAUCCCGGCUCCACGCAUCUUUGAUAUGUUCAACGAUUCGACAGUUGUUCUACACUAUUUAUUUUGUGCUCAUUCCUUGCAUUGGAAACGUGUAUCUGAUCACUAUUCUGAGUCCGGAAGCGAUUUACUUGUUGCGCAAUUAUUUACCCCGAGUUCUCGGUAAGCGUCUGAAGUAACAUCACCCGAUCAAACUUCAUCUGCUUUUCUAAAAGACUCUGUGCUUCAACUAAACUAAAAACGCUUCAACCACGAAUGCCUUUUGUACUCGUUAUUUAUUAACAUCAUUUCACUGGCAGCAUUGCCUCUAAGAAAAAAAAAUAGCAUCCGCUGCCUUCGCUCAUUUUUCUAAUGCAUCGUUUCUCAUACAAAGAAAAGUAUUUAUCACAUCGCAUGCCAGGCGAUGAACGCGUUCCUAACCAAAGGCUCCGACACUUUAUCUCAACAGAGCAGCAGCACGUCGCACGCAUCAAAUUACAAGGACAACUUCCCCACAAGUUAUUUAUUUGCUGGCUUUUCAUAAACAGCGAACUGAAUAUAAAAGGCGAAUUCUGUAAUGUGUCAGAGAAACCAUUCGAUUAGCUUCUCCGUAAAGCCAGCGUAGAGUAUAGGCAAGCAAAUUUUUUCUUUCAUUUCCUAUAGUUAAUCUCCUUUGCUAUACUCUAAAGGUUUCAUCUAUAUUUCCUAUGUAUGGGCACUUGCAACGACAAAGCUAUUGCAAGUAUAGAGGCAUUUAGGAAGUCCCCAACCGAGGGACGUCGCACGCAGUCAAUCCUUACCUACCUCACUAGCUUGUGUCGGCCUUGUUUAUCUAUUACUGUGCAGUGCCUAGUAUACAGUAGUUCUUGCGACGGGCGUAUGCUGUCCAGCGCAGCACACCUGCUUUGUAGCACCGAGUCUUGUCCCUCCCGUUUUAGACUUAGCAAAACAGCUCAUUGCUUUACCGCAAAGCGCAAUUGCAUUUCAACUCACUUCGUACUCAGGACAUAACUCGGCAGCCAUAGAUUUUUUUUUUAAGCUAUGCCCCGAGGAAUACAACGCAGCUUUGAGAGCGAUACAUUUUGAAGCACGCAACUGCUGAAGGAAAUACAUUUAAACUCAAGGAAAGGCAAGCAAACACACCACAUCGGCAGAUGAGAAGAACACGUAUGAAUAUUAUCAACAGCGCAGUGUCAAAACGCAUAGCACAAACAAUUUGGAAGGCAAAGAACGUUGAUACUGAACGCUGAAAUACGAAAGCGAUAGCUGUAAUUUUACUUAAGCGCUAGUGGGCGACAAAUGAAGACGCUCGUCUAUAAAAUCAAAGCCUUCUCUUUUUUUUCUUUCUGGUAUUUGGAAAGUGUAGGCCCUCAGCGAAAUUUUAGGUGUGUUUUCCGUCCUUGGGUGCGAGAGCCGGAUCACACUUAAGUUUCCCAGGAAACAGGAAUACGCACAGAGCCGCCGAAUAAGUUAACAUGGUAACUGUAAUUCUGAGAAGAACAGCAAAUUAAGCGCGAUAACGUGUUCUCCCAACUCAUCACGAUGAGAAAACAAACGUUGGAUGCAGAUUUAUCACUGAAAGUAUAGCAGAAAACGUCGUCAAAGAUGACUGUGAAACGUCGGAAGUUCUAAACUGCAUGUGUUAAAACAAUAUUAAAAAAAAAAACUUGCGCUUGUACGAAGCUCUGCUGUUAGUCCCCCUUUUGCAAUAAACUUACUCAGCCUCUGAUGCCGUCUUUUCUUACGUGUAAAAGGCCCGAGAUGCCGCUAUAGAAGCUUUGACUAUUCUGUCCCUCAAAAGUUGCAGUGACGUUAUUGACAGUCUUGACGACACGCAGUUACAACGUCACAACGAAAAGAAUAACAAUAAAGAACACAUCACGAGAUUCGACAACACACGAUGAUCAGCAUGAGCUGUCGCAGUUCUGAUGGACUUAAACGUGUUCAUGGUGUGCCGAGCUUGUAAAAAAAUUCUUUCAAGAAAAAAACAUAAACGAUACGCUUACUUAAGAUUUGAAGGCGACAAGCGUCCUCUGGCUAUAAUUUGAUAGUAGCGCAACAAUUUAUUAGCAGACGUGCCACUUUUGGCUGGUAUGCACCUGCGAACAAUACUCAGGUAACGUCAUCGCAUCUUUUUCCCACAUAUUUUACUCGAUGUAAGAGUCGUGACGCGUAUUUAAUUCCCUAGUAAUCGAGCUUGCAUCCUUUCAUUAGCCAUGAGCCUUUCGAAUCUUACUGCCAUUUUCUGCGUUCUACAGCGAGUGCAGCUUAGUUUUGCUGCUUUGUAAAUGUUCUGAACGUAUUUGACAAGUUUGUGAGCGCAAGUUGAGCCUGUUUUAUGCGAGUGCAGUGUGAAAUGUACAGUGAAAAAGAAAAUCGCACAGCGAGUGCAACAAGAUGAAGCCUACAUCACCUUCAGUGUGCUUGUGCUGCACCGUGCACUCCCCAUGUGUUCCUUUCUAGUUCCGAAACCGGUCGUCGUGAGGCGCCCUUAAAGGGACGCUAAAUAGAAACACUGAAUCAAAUCACACUUAUAAAACAUUCUUUGAAAAGCAUAUAUUUUGUUAAUUUCACUGUGAACAGUCCAUCAUUAGAAGAUAAAGUGAAUGCCAAACUUCCAUUUCUUGAAUUUCGCAGCUACGUCAGUGUGAUGUCACGUAUCUCAAGGUAUUUUCACGUAUUUGGGUCGUUGUCGAGCAGUGACUGUUCUCUAAACUUGCUUACAGACAUCUGGCUCUUUCAGAAUACGGUGAAGUACAUAUUUGCAAUGGCUAGGCUCGCCGUCCAAAUCAAUGACGUCACGGCGAACUAGUACGGAAACUUCAAGCCGGCGUCGCCGCCCACCUUACGUUUCAUAGCUUAACAAGCCUGCUCUAACCCUCUGGAUGGCAUUGUUGGUAUUAUAGAAAUGUAAUUUACUCAUAAGGCUUGACCUACUCGUCUAUUUAGAGUCCCUUUAACGCAUUACGAAGAUUGAACCUUCUCUUUAUGUCUGCUAUUCGAAUUUUGGUUGUGGUAGUGAGCGCCAUGUACGCGUACGUGUUCAGCCGAACAACCAUUUUCUUUUUCUUUUUUUUUCCUGCACGUCGUAGCUUUGCCGCCAGUAAAAACUGGCUAUUCAGCGGACCAAUACUGGAAGGCGGACGAAAAGCACACGUUCGGGCCCGCUUCAAAUCUAUUGUGUCUGUAGUCGGCGAGAGUUCUCCGUGCUACAGUGUUGCUAAAAGCACCGCAAUCUGAUAUAUAUUCGACCAUCUAUACCCAGAGCGGCCCGCUUACUGCACAAGUGAAAUGUAUGCCAUUUCGGGAAAAAAUGCCCGACUAGAAUGUACCAAAUUACAGAAGGAGUUUAGAACCUAACAGUGAUACAGUUGACCUUUAUAACGAAGUGCCAACUUGGGGCCUCCGUAAUCAUUCGUUAUAAGGUCGCUUCGUUGCAAAGGUCGUGCACUGCAGCUCACAAUGGAGGCGGGAUAGAAUUAUUGCUUCGUUAGGCAGGUCAUUUCGUUGCAGAGGCGUUCUUGUUGAGGCGCUUGACAGUACCCAGUACUGAUCGCAUCAACGAACGAUAAUACAUGCCGUAGCUUGGCGCGAACAAAAGAUCCACGCUAUUGGCAUUCGAUGGUGAGCUUGGCAGCCUACUGGAUGAGCUGUAAAUAUUAUGUGAAGCAAUAAAUCAAAAUAGAAGUGCACGGUAGGUGGCUAAAAAGGAACUUCAUUAUGCGAAGUGCGCUUUAGGAAAAGCUAUAGAACAUGAGUGUCAUAGGCUGGAAAUGCGAUUGAGAUGUAUUUUUAGAAUUUUACAACUGAGGGGCUUCCGAUGAACGAGUGAUGAGCGUGUGUGAGAGGGGAUGUGUCAGUGCAGCCUUCGUCACGUUUUCCAGCGUUAAUUUUGUACGGCUUUGUCCCCACUCGACUCCAUCAACAACAUAUGUUCUUUAGGUCAAUAACAGUGUGUCAGGAGCACUCUCACCAGAUGCUCAAGCAUGAAAAAUGUCAAAACUCGCACCGUCCUAUCGUGACGAAGGCCGCAGUGACAAACUGUACAGCGCAUUUAAAGAGAUGGCUAUGUAGCCUCACAGCAAAGGCCUGCAACCAACGAUGGAUAUAUGAAAGGCGUUUUUUUCACUUUUGUACUUUUAUAUCUUUCUACCAGCUUGUUGCUAUUCGCCGUUGGUGCUAGCACAGAACCAGUACCCGCACUAGAAGUACACAGUUGAACGUACGCGACAGGCUGCUCCUAAAAGAAGAUUUUGAUCCUCUGAGACUUCUACUCGGACAGAAUUACGAAGUGGAACACAGACAAGGCGUGUCACCAGCCGUGAGCGAGUUGCACGCUAGUUGUGCACAGCAGCAAACUUUUCACAGUCACGUGGUCGCGAUUUAAUUUUUUUUUUCCCUGUUGUACGCAAGUUGUACGCUCGGACGCUGCCGCAGUAGCCGGCUUUGUCCCGAUUUCUCGUCGUGGGUUCAUAUCUAGGCUCAUAGCUUUAAGUGUAGAUAGUCUAUAUAAAUAAAUAUAUAUAUACCAACCUCGCUCAUCAAAUGUAAAGCAUGCACAUGUCUUGUACAUAUACUAGUUAUUGUUUCAUAUGGUACCCAUGUGUUGUUUUGUUGUUUUCUCCUCGUGUUUUACAUUGAAGUUUGCCACCGUUCUCAAUCAAGAAAGAAAGGCGUACACGUACAAUGUGUCGUCGACACUAAUGUCUGUCAAUAGAGACUAAUUUUUCGUGCAUUGGAAAGGGAAAUCGAUUUUUACGGGUACGCAUCCGUCCCGCAGUGCGAUGCAUCUGACAUCUGGUGUGGACAUUGAAACUGUGCCACCAAACUUAUUUAAGGGUCGCAUUCGCAAACCACACGAAUCGAAAGCACUUUCGACCAGCCGAACGGCUAUGAAAAUAAUAUUCAUAUGCCAAAAACGGGCAGCAGGCUUCGACAAAUCGUCACAAAAUUGCCACUUGAGCACGUUCACCCUUUCCCAAAUUGCACCACUUUCUUCCCCCGCAUCAAGCACACAAUGGUAUAGUUGUUACUGUAGCACAGAUGUGCAUGUAGUGAUGCAUCAGAUUUUUUAAUUCGUUUAUAUUGUGUUCACAUUCUGAUAUAAUAGUAUUGUAUGAAAUUUGUGUUCUUUGUCCUUGUGUACAAGACGUGCUGUAGAACUCUUGAAAGCCUUGCAGUGGAAACCCCUACGAAAUAAACAUCUCUUCCUUCGCAACUGCA